GCUGUGAUUGGCUGUUUGUGGCUCUGAGCUGAAGGUGAAGCAGUGAGUGAGUCCGAGUGCAACAGAAGGCGUGUUUGCUGAGCUGUCCCUUUACUCUGGAUAAAAUGUCAACUGCUGGACUUUUAACCAUGCAUGCACAUAUUUGCAGACACUUGGGUCACAGAUGUCUUUCAAGAACCUACACAUCUCGCCCUUCUCUAAAUGAGGUGGUCAUCGUCAGUGCAGUGCGCACACCUAUGGGCUCCUUCAAAAGUUCUUUGUCAUCUGUACCAGCCCCAAAACUGGGUUCUAUAGCAAUAAAGGGGGCCAUAGAGCAAGCAGGAAUUGCACCGGAAGAAGUAAAGGAAGUCUACAUGGGCAAUGUUCUUCAAGCUGGAGAAGGACAGGCUCCCACAAGACAAGCUCUGCUCGGUGCAGGCUUGACCCUUGGCACUCCUGCAACUACCAUCAACAAGGUCUGUGCAUCUGGGAUGAAGUCCAUAAUGAUGGCAGCUCAGAGUCUCAUGUGUGGACACCAGGAUGUCAUGGUGGCCGGAGGCAUGGAGAGCAUGUCCAACGUGCCUUAUGUAAUGGCCAGAGAGGCCCCUGCAUAUGGAGGAGUGAAGAUGGAAGACCUCAUUGUUAAGGAUGGGCUCACUGACGUCUACAACAAAUUUCAUAUGGGAAACUGUGCAGAAAACACAGCCAAGAACCACAGCAUCACAAGAGAAGAGCAAGAUGCUUAUGCAAUUGGCUCCUACAGUCGCAGCAAAGCAGCUUACGAGUCUGGAGUCCUGGCAAAAGAGAUUGUACCAGUUAGCAUUCCUCAGAGAGGUAAACCAGAUGUUGUUGUGUCUGAGGAUGAAGAAUGGAGGAAAGUGGACUUUAGUAAAGUCCCCAAACUGAAGGCGGUCUUCCAAAAAGAGAACGGCACUGUUACAGCGGCUAACGCGAGCACCCUGAACGAUGGAGCUGCUGCUCUUGUGUUAAUGACCGCUGAUGCUGCAAAGAGGCUAAAAGUCACCCCUCUCGCCAGGGUAGUGUCAUUUGCUGAUGCUGCAGUUGCUCCCAUUGAUUUCCCAAUUGCUCCUGCAUUUGCUGUACCAAAGGCCCUGGAGGCAGCGGGACUGAAGAAGGAUGAUAUUUCAAUGUGGGAGAUCAAUGAGGCCUUCAGUGUGGUUGUUCUGGCAAACAUUAAGAUGCUGGAUAUUGACCCUGCAAAAGUGAAUGUGAAUGGAGGAGCAGUGUCUCUGGGACACCCCAUUGGCAUGUCUGGGGCAAGGAUUGUUGGUCACAUGGUUCACAACCUGAAGUCUGGACAAUAUGGACUGGCUGGUAUCUGCAACGGAGGGGGCGGAGCAUCAUCUAUUAUCAUCCAGAAACUGUAGAAUCUAUGCUUCACAAACACAGAACACUGAUCAUGACCUGUGAACUCUUGUUUCUUAUCUGAUGGUCCAAAACAAGGCUAACCAUAAGGAAGUAGACUGUUACUGUUUCAACAGCAUUGGGGAUAAACACUCCUUCCCGGUGACAUCAUGACUCUAGUGUCUAACACUCCUUUCUCAGACAUGUUGUGCAAUUAAAUAUUUAAUAUUUAACUGAAAAAGGUCACAAAGGAGUUUGUUGAAGUGUGCUGUGUAAAAAUAAAUCUAAACAUAAUGGCCUUAA